AUGGACCCGCGAGUGCCAUCGUAUGAGUCGGCGGCGCCGCUCUUUGCCGACCCUACCCGUGACUUGCUCGGAUCACUUUGCGCCUUCCUCACCGUGACAGUGGCGAGCAUCGGCGGGAUCGGCGGUGGCGGCUUGCUGGUGCCACUCUACAUGAUGGUGCUGCAGCUGGGGCGGUUCGCCAUCCCGCUGUCCAAGGCGACCAUCUGCGGGGCUGCGCUGGCCAAUUUUGCCAUCCAGAGCCGCAGGCGCCACCCGCUCGCCGACCGACCUGUGAUCGCGUACAAUGUCGCGGUGGUGUUUGAGCCGAUGACGCUCGCAGGGACGGUGGCUGGGGUGCUACUGAACACAAUCCUCCCAGAGUGGUUGGUGACGUCGCUGCUCGUGCUACUGCUCUUCUACACGUGCGAGAUGUAG